GGCAUUUGGUGCUCAAAUCUCUCUCCGCUUCUCUUUAUCUUCUUCAUCCCUUCAAUCCCUCCGUCUUCUUCUCUCCUCCUCAUUCAUUUUAGUCAAUUCCCACCUCUCACUUCUCUCUUUCUCCUCCAUGGUUGGUUUCUUCUUCCUCUGUUCUUUAACUACCCUCCUCAACCUCUCCCCUUCUGAUUUUCACACCCACAAAGAAGAUAAACCCUUACAUUUUCCCCAACACCAUCUUCUAUUUUGAAUAAUCAUUGAAGCUUCUCAACACCAACUUCUCCUUUCCCAGUUUCUUCUCUAUCUCAGUCGCUCAUGGCGUCCGACCCACCAAUUUCUCCGUUCCCUCUUCCUUGAUUCUUCAUCGGGUCUCUGUGUCUGGACUUCCUUCAACCUUUUUCUACUCACCCAUUGAGGUUCAUAAGCGAAGGCCGCAUGUUCGAGUGCCCGUAUCUAUUUUCCUAGAACGAGCAGUUGUAAAACGAGGAGCAAGGGUCUUCGUCUUCAGUAUUUUUCACUGAUUCUUCAACAGUGAAGGUUUGAAGAAAUGGCGAUAGAGUUUUGUUCAGAGAAUUCCAAUAUGAGUCCAAGAAUCUCGUUUUCUCAUGAUUUAUGUCAAUCUGAUAUCGUCCCUGUCGAGAAGCGUCCUGUUAGAUCAAAAUCAUCUCGCCAAAACUCUAGCAUCGAUUUCGAUUUCGGUGUUGGUGAGAGCUCUGAUCAAGAAUCUUGUUCUGCCGACGAGCUUUUCUUCGAUGGAAAAAUCCUUCCUACCCAAAUCAAGAAGAAGAUUCAACCCACCAAACAGUCGGAACAUUCUCUGCCGCCAUUACCAUUGCCAUUGCCGCCAAGGUUAGAUGAUGCUGAUACCAAUGAAGAUCAGAAAAUUGACAGACCAAAACAGAGCAAGAUAAUGAGAGACGAAACAGGGGAUAACAUUGACGAGAAACAGAGUUCUAAAUCAUUUUGGCGGUUCAAGCGCAGUAGCAGCUUGAAUUGCAGUAAUGGAUAUGGUCGGAGUCUAUGUCCUUUGCCUCUCCUAUCGCGAAGCAAUUCAACCGGAUCAACACCAAGCAUCAAACGCACGUCAUUGACGAAAGACAACAACCAUAACCAAAAACAGAAUUUGCACAAACAAGUGCCGACGAAGUCCUUACAUUCAUCAUCAACAAAUCAUCAAAAACCUCCAUUAAAGAAGAAUUAUGGAAAUGGUGUCCGAGUUAAUCCUAUUCUGAAUGUUCCGUCAGGGAAUCUAUUUGGAUUAGGUUCGAUCUUCUCCACAAGUACCAAAGAUAAGAACAAGAAAAGAUGAUUGACAUCCAAUUUUGUGGUAAAGAAGAAAUAACAACACUUGAAAAAUAGUCUAUAGUUGUUCAUGAAUGAAGAUUUCUUUUCUUUUCUUUUCUUCGUUUGUUUGUUUACGGGUUUCGAUUCUUGUUUAUCGAUUGAAAUGUGAUUAGUGAAAUGAUAAUAGAGAUAGGGAACGAGUAAAUGGGCGAAGAGUUUUUUGUCAAAAGGGUGUCGAUUGUGGAGGAUUGGGGAGGGACCAAGAGGCCUAAAAGGAUUGUGAUAUAGUUCAAUAUGGCACAUGCUUUGGGACAAAUUUGAUAGGUAAAACAUUCAUGUCA